GCCCCCCUCAGCGCGCAUGCUCGGCCGGCGGCAGCCGCUCGGGUCGGCGGAGGAAGUGCGGGUGUUGUCCUCCGCCCCGGUAGCUGCUGGGCAGCCGCGGGCAGCUUCCUCCCGUGCUUGGUGGGCUCCGCUGCCGCUGCGGCUCAGCCUGGCCAGACCAUGGGGUUCCCCAAGGGUCCGGAGGGCCAGGAUCUCCCGGAGGUAGAAACCAGAGAGGAUGAGGAACAAAAUGUCAAAUUAACUGAAAUUUUGGAGCUUCUGGUUGCAGCUGGGUAUUUCAGAGCAAGAAUUAAAGGCUUAUCCCCUUUUGACAAGGUAGUUGGUGGAAUGACUUGGUGUAUUACCACCUGCAACUUUGAUGUGGAUGUUGAUUUACUCUUUCAGGAAAACUCUACAAUAGGUCAAAAAAUAGCUCUAUCAGAAAAAAUUGUUUCAGUCCUCCCAAGGAUGAAAUGUCCACACCAGCUGGAGCCCCACCAGAUCCAGGGGAUGGAUUUUAUUCACAUAUUUCCCGUUGUUCAGUGGCUGGUGAAGCGAGCUAUAGAAACGAAGGAAGAGAUGGGGGACUACAGCCGCUCCUACUCCAUCUCACAGUUUCAGAAAACCUGUAGUCUCCCCGAGGAUGAUGACUUCCUAAAGAGGAAGGAGAAGGCCAUCAGAACAGUUGUUGACCUCAUGGAUGUUUAUAAGCCCCGUCGGAAAUAUAAACGCCAACAGGGAGCCGAGGACCUGCCUGAUGAAGAAUCUCGAAUCCAUUCUACCCUUUUGGAAUAUGGAAGGGUAACUGAUUCCUUAAUGAGAUACGGAUUUAGCCACCAGAGCAAAACAGAGAAGACUGAGGACAAGAAAGCAGCACUGCCCACAGGCCUCUUGCCUACAGAAAAAGCUGAUGCCCACGAGGAAGAUGAGCUCCGAGCUGCAGAAGAGCAGCGUAUUCAGUCACUGAUGACCAAGAUGACUGCCAUGGCAGGUGAGGAGAGCCGUCUCACCGCCAGCUCUGUGGGCCAGAUCGUGGGACUCUGCUCUGCUGAGAUCAGGCAGAUCGUGUCUGAGUAUGCAGAGAAGCAGUCUGAACUGUCAGCUGAAGACAGCCCUGAAAAAUUAGGAACGUCCCAACUACAUCGUCGGAAGAUCAUUUCCUUGAACAAGCAAAUUCUUCAAAAAACCAAACAUCUGGAAGAGCUACAGGCAAGUCACACCAACCUACAAGCCAAAUACAAUGAAACAAAGAACACGUUGGCAGAGUUGAAGAGUCACAGUGAGAAACUGGACAAAGAACAAGAAGCUCUGGAGAAGAUAGAAUCCAAAGCCGAUCCAAAUAUCCUACAAAACUUGAGAGCACUUGUGGCCAUGAAUGAAAAUCUGAAAAGUCAGGAACAGGAGUUUAAAGCACAUUGCCGGGAGGAGAUGGCACGACUGCAGCAGGAAAUUGAAAACCUGAGAGCUGAGCAAGAAUCUGGCAGAGAUGAAAAGGUCCCCUCCAGUGGAGAGCCCCAUGAUGCCGUAACUUCUGUUAUGACUCAUAAUGAAGACCUAGACAGGCGGUAUAAUACGGAGAAAGAGAAACUUUACAAGAUUCGUUUAUUACAGGCUCGAAGAAAUCGAGAAAUCGCUAUUUUGCAUCGCAAGAUUGAUGAAGUGCCCAGCCGCGCUGAGCUGAUACAGUACCAGAAGAGAUUUCUUGAACUCUACCACCAGAUUUCAGCAGUGCACAAAGAAACCAAGCAGUUCUUCACUUUAUAUAAUACACUGGAUGAUAAAAAGGUGUAUUUGGAGAAAGAGAUUAGCCUGCUGAACUCAAUUCAUGAGAACUUCUCACAAGCCAUGGCCUCCCCUGCUGCCCGGGACCAGUUCUUACGGCAGAUGGAACAGAUCGUAGAAGGCAUUAAGCAAAGCAGAAUGAAGAUGGAAAAGAAGAAGCAGGAGAACAAAAUGAGAAGAGACCAGUUGAAUGACCAGUACUUGGAACUAUUAGAAAAGCAGAGGCUAUACUUUAAGACUGUGAAAGAGUUCAAGGAGGAGGGCCGAAAGAAUGAGGUGCUGCUGUCCAAGCUGAAAGCCAGGGCCUCCUGAAUGCUCCUAGCCUUCAAUGUAUGUACGUCACUGAUUUUUUUUUAAUGCCAUAUGUCAACUACAAGACAUGAAAUGGUUCUGAAGACUGCAGUUGAAAGCUACGGGUGGCAUUGCCCUGGAUGUUUUCCUUCUUCCAUCUCGUCUCUAUGCCAGUUGUUGUUGAUGGAAUCAGUGUAAGCAUCUGGCUUGGAUAUUACCCUUCACCCUAAGGAGGAAUAUGGGUUCUGCAUUUGUUCUCUGUGUUGAUUCAACUUUUAUUCCUCCAUUAACAUUGCACAUAGGAAGGAACCUGUAUUUGUAACAGACUCUGAAUAAAGAGAAAUUCAUUUUUUAGCACA